AUGGCCACCAUCAGACUGGGAGCAGCCUGCGUCCUGUCCCUGUGCUUGUCCCUGUGCUGGGCCAACCUGUCCCCUAGUGGUCUGAACAAGCUCUACAACACCCGGGUGCAGACGGCGGAGCACGUGACCCGCCUCAAACAGGGCAUGCCCAGCUGGGUCCCCAAGACCUACUUCACCUCCCACAGCGGGGUCCGGGUGACUCUGGACAAUGGGAAGCAGUACCUGAUCCACAAAGGCCCAGGGUUCGGUCGAGCUUCAGACACGGUGGUGACAGACGCCGCUCACAUGUCCAACAGGUGGCAGGUGAAGAAGAGCCAGAACAUGGGAGGCUCUAGGACCGUGGGAGAUAUGGUGAAAGCCGGGGGCUCCAGAUACAGCCUCAUUAAGGGGAAGCACUGCCACAAGGCCGCCAAGAACAUGAUGAGACUGGGGAGGAGGAGGAACUAG